UUCUGGUUGCUACUCAGAAAAGGUGCAGGAGAUGUUUUGCUAGAGUGGAUGCUUGAGAGAACACAUUUGGAAAGAGUAUAAAUAUAACCAGACAGAAAGUGGACCAGGCUGUGUGGCAGUGGUAUUCCUUGCCUAUCUUUGCUGAUCAUUGUUGUGAUUUCAUGGAGAGAACUGCAUCAAAGAAUUUCUGGUGGUGUUGUAGUAGCUUCUUGACACUUCAAACUUGGGCCAAUUGGCAGAGCCUUGAGGUUUCCUCUGGAUCAAACUGCCAUUCCUGAUUCAUGAAUGGUGUUUGGGAGUGGAUCAAGCUACCACUGCUGAUUUGUGUGAACUGAAUUGCUGGUAUCCUGACAAUGCUGAUUGGAUUAGCUUCAAAGAACUGAUUCUAGGCAGGUCCAUGUCCUCCUUCACCCUAUUAACCAUUCUUUUCCACUACCUCUGGUCGGUGUAUGGCUAGAAGGGAGGAUAAAGCAUUUAAGUACCCUUAUUAAAAGUAGGUUGUGAAAAAUCAAAGCCUAAACACAAUAGCCCAAUCCCUAGAAAUAAGUUCAAAAUAAAUACAUACAUAUUGCAUACAAUGGUGAGUAUAAUAAUGCUCAUAGCAUUACCCUUUAACAAAAUUCAAAACUGAAAAAUAACAUAGUUUGCAAACUGAAUCAAGGCAUACGUCUACAGAGGAGUUAUAUAAAACAAUGGGGAGAAAGGGAGUUAGAAAAACUUGUCACAUAUAACUUUACAAAUUCAACUAGCACAAGAGAGGAUAAUCUAUAAUCUAUAAACCCAUUUCAUAAAACUCCUAAGAAAGAUGAGUCAUGUGUAAUGGUGGCUGUCAGUAAGCUGCCUUUGUAGGGUUGACCAUCAAGUAAUAGCAACAGAGAGCAUGGUGAAUUUGGUACAUUUUAGGUUUCCUUUAUGUUCUGCUUGUAUGAACAUAUUAACCAUGGGACUUAUUUCUGUUGUGUGCCUUCUGAAUGUAUUUCCUAUAUUACCAAAAAUGUAUAAAAUUCAAUUAUUUCUGGGAAAAAUUAAUAAGAAACAUUUAGCUUAAUAAAUUAUAAGCCCAUAAAAAGGGUUUUUUAUAUUUUCAAAAGAAUCCUGUUAAGAUUAGUAUACAAUAUUAACAGAUUUUAUUACAAAUGUAUUUCCACGUAGUUUUAGCCCAGCAGAGGUAUGCUUAGCACUACUGAUAUAUUUAGUAUUUAGGAGGUGGAAUAAAUAAACUACUGGUUAUACCUGUAUCUCAAAACUGGUUAGAAUUCGAGACUAAACUAUAUGCAAUCACGAAAAGGGACGCGUGGUGGCGCUGUCUACUAAGAAAGAGAAUUAUGGGCUCUGCAGCUACCCAGAAAGCCAGGAAAGCUGGAAAACAGAGCGCUAUCUACUCCCUAGAAGAAGGAUUUGGGGUGUGAUCUAGGGGAGAAAGCUCUGCGGACAGUGAGGCAUUAAAGAUUAAAUUCAAGGAUAUUUUACCAAAAGAUUUUUGUAGACUGAAACUGACUAGAAGAAGCACCGCCCUCUGGACUAAAUCUCAACAAUGGAGACCGCAUCAGAGAAAAGGCAAGUCAUUUUCCUUACUAUAUUGUUGCUAUUGUGGAAGUCUGACGCUGAGACAAUUAGAUAUUCAAUGCCAGAAGAAACAGAGAGUGGUUACUUAGUGGCUAAUUUGGCAAAAGAUCUUGGGCUCAGUGUUGGAGAACUGGCCACUAGAGGGGCACGAAUCCAUCACAAAGGAAACAAAGACCUCUUGCAGCUGGAUGCAGAGACUGGGAAUUUAAUCCUGAAGGAAAAACCAGAUCGUGAGGUGCUGUGUAGGGCGACAGAACCCUGUGUGCUGUACUUCCAGAUCAUACUGGAAAAUCCUGUACAGUUCUUUCAAACUGAAUUACAGCUCACAGAUAUAAACGACCAUGCUCCAGAGUUCCCCGACAGAAAAAUGCUUCUAAAAAUCUCGGAGAGCGCCCAGCCAGGGACCAUGUUUCCUCUGAAGGCAGCUCAGGACCCUGACAUAGGGAGUAAUGCUGUUCAGAACUACACAGUGAGUCCCAACCUCCAUUUCCACGUCAUUACUCACAGUCGCACAGAUGGCAAGAAAUACCCAGAGCUGGUACUGGACAGAGCCCUGGAUAGAGAGGAGCAGCCUGAACUCACUUUAACCCUCAUUGCUCUGGAUGGUGGCACCCCGCCCAGGUCAGGAGCCACCACAGUUCACAUUGAAGUUGUGGACAUCAAUGAUAACCCGCCCAAAUUUGACCAGUCGCUCUAUGAGGUGCAGAUUCCUGAAAACAGUCCCCUCAAUGCCUUAGUCGCCACAGUCUCUGCCAGAGAUUUAGAUGCUGGGAUACACGGUACUGUAACCUACUCUCUGUUUCAAGGUGGUGAACUAUCUCAACCGUUUGAAAUAGAUGAAGUCACAGGAGAAAUUCGUCUUAAAGGGACAUUGGAUUUUGAGACAACUCCAAACUAUAACAUAGAAAUUGUAGCUAGAGACCCAGGAGGCUUUUCAGGAAAAUGCAAUGUAGCUAUACAGGUGCUGGAUGUGAACGACAACGCCCCUAAACUCACCAUAUCUUCACUCAAUAGUUCCAUCCCAGAAAAUGCUCCUGAGGCUGUAGUUGCUGUAUUUAGUGUUUCUGACCCAGAUUCUGGGGAAAAUGGAAGGAUUGUUUGUUCUAUUCAGAACGAACUUCCAUUUCUUUUGAAGCCCACAUUUGAGAAUUAUUAUACUUUAGUAACAGAGAGGCCACUUGAUAGAGAAAGCAGAGCUGACUACAACAUCACCAUCACUGUCUCCGACCUGGGCAUACCCAGGCUCACAACCCAGCACACCAUAAUAGUGCAGGUGUCGGACAUUAACGACAACGCUCCAGCCUUCAACCAAACCUCAUACACCCUGUUGGUCCACGAGAACAACAGCCCUGCCCUGCACAUAGGCACCAUCAGCGCCACAGACUCCGACACUGGCGCUAAUGCCCAUAUCAGCUACUUGCUACUGCCACUCCAUGAUAUGCAGCUGGCCUUCACCUCUCUGGUCUCCAUCAAUCAAGAAAAUGGGCAGCUGUUCAUGCUCAGGGCACUCGACUAUGAGACCCUGCAGACCUUCGAGUUCAGCGUGGGUGCCACAGACCAUGGCUCACCUGCACUCAGCAGUCAGGCUCUGGUGCGGGUGGUGGUGCUGGACGACAAUGACAAUGCGCCCUUCGUGCUCUACCCACUGCAGAACGCCUCUGUGCCCUGCACCGAGCUGCUGCCCAGAGCGGCAGAGCCAGGAUACCUGGUCACCAAGGUGGUGGCUGUGGACUGCGACUCUGGCCAGAAUGCCUGGCUGUCAUUCCAGUUGCUCAAGGCCACAGAGCCCGGGCUGUUCAACGUGUGGGCGCACAAUGGCGAGGUGCGCACCACCAGGCUACUGAGCGAGCGCGAUGUGCCCAAGCACAGGCUGCUGCUGGUGGUCAAGGAUAAUGGGGACCCUCCGCGUUCUGCUACAGUCACGCUGCACGUGUUGCUGGUGGAUGGCUUCUCACAGCCAUACCUACCUCAGCCAGAGGUGGCGCGAGAUCCUGUGCAAGAUGAUGAGGAUGUGCUUACACUGUACCUGGUCAUUGCCUUGGCAUCUGUGUCUUCGCUCUUCCUCUUCUCUGUCCUACUCUUCAUUGGGAUGAGGCUGUGCAAGAGGGCCAGGGAGGCUUCAUUGGGCGUCUGCUCUGUGCCUGAGGGCCACUUUCCUGGCCACCUGGUGGAUGUUAGCGGAACUGGGACUCUGUCCCAGAGCUACCAGUAUGAGGUGUGUCUGACUGGAGACUCUGGAACUGGUGAGUUCAAAUUCCUUAAACCCAUGAUCUCCAACUUAAUGGUCCAGGACCCUGGGAGAGAAGUGAAGGAAAGUCCUCAUUGCAGGGAUAGCUUUGUAUUCAGUUAACUGUGUGUGCUUCAGUGAAUUUGUUUAAGGCCAAUCUAUUCCAAUAUGAUUCUCUUAAGAAACUGAAUAGCCUUAACUAAGUAUUGAAACUGUAAUCAAAGAGUAUGCAUGUCCUCCAUUACCAAAAUGUAUACUUCUUUCUCCAUAUCCACUGUACUUAGUUUUUUUUAAUUUUAAUAGAUAUUUAGGACAUACUUAUGUUUUGCUUUAGCUCAAGUGUUACACAAUAAAAUUUAAUGUCAUCCGGU